AUGCUCCUUCUCACCGCCCUCCUUCUCUUCUCCAACCUCCUCGCUGCCCACCCGUUCCCCGUCAACCGCCCAACUUCUUCCGGAUGUACUUACACUGCGUACGGCCACACUGCCACUGGCUACGAGACUAGCGAUGGUGCUUGUCGCUAUACGAUCAAGUAUGGCAUUGCGGAGAGAUGGGCAGAGUCUGUCGCUCCCCACCAGAACUAUGCCUCUGAACCUCCUUCUUGUCCUCAGAACUCGGGGACAUAUACCGUCGGUAGCUCUCAGUCUGAAGACUGCCUCUACGCCACCGUCUAUGUCCCAAAAAGCACUGCACCUUCCGCCGGCUGGCCCGUUUUCGUCUGGAUCCACGGCGGUUCCUUCGUCCAGGGUUCCACCUCUGCCCCAGGCCUCGAUGGAUCCCUCCUAGCUAAGAACGGCAACAUGAUUGUCAUCAUGCUCCAGUACCGUCUCGGUGUCUUUGGUCUCUUGCCGCCGACGCUUGCUUCAACGUCCUCUGAUCCGAGCCUCGGGUUGAAGGAUGUCAUCCUGGGUUUGAAGGGUGUCAAUCAGUAUAUCGAUUAUGUUGGAGGGAACAGGGGACAGAUUACUGUAGGUGGCCAGAGCUCGGGGGCAUCGAUGAUUCGAGCUCUCUGGGGUGCCCCUGCCGCUUCCGGCUUGUUUAGGGCUGCCAUCCUCCAGUCUGACCCCAUGAGCUUUGGAUUUGCGUCUUCCGAUAUCACCACACAGAUCCAGUCCACAUUUUACGCCAUGUCGCCCAUGUCUUCUUGCACGACUCUUGACUGCCUCAAAAACAUUUCCGCAUCCGCACUCGUCACCGCUCAAGAUACACUCAUCUCAACCGUACCAUACACCAUCACCGGCGUCCCCUUCUCCGAGCCGCUGAGACCGACAUACAACACUACCGCUCUCCCCUCCGACCCUUCUUCCACCCUCACAAACUCACCCUCCUCACUCACCUUUACCCCCGCCUCGCUCCCCAUCUUGCUCACCACCGUCAAGAAUGAAGGCGGUACCGCCAUCUCUUCCAUCUUUUCCACCCACGUACCGCUGUCCAACGAUACCUACUACUCUACAGCUUCUGCUCUCAUAGGCACAUCCCGCGCUACUAGUCUAGUCAGCUCAGAGUACUAUUCUCUACCUGCUAUCAACUCCACCUCCUCUACCGCCCCAUAUGGUCCCUCGGGAGACACUUUCCGAGAAACGUUUGAAAGGGCAGUGACGGAUGGGAUAUGGAAGUGUGCGAAUGUAGAUGUUGCCAACAAGUGGGCCUCUGCCGGAGGUAAAGUGUGGGUAGGAGAGUGGAGGGAGGGUGUGACGUAUCCCGAUAAUGAGUCGGGGUAUUGUACCGGGGAUGGGAUCGUCUGCCACGAGGAUGAUAUCUACCCGACUUUCGGGACCGCCUCUGAUCCUUCGAGCAACACUUCUACCCUUGAAAGUACCAUCUUUUCCCAUUGGGUCGCAUUUAUCACCACUCUAAACCCCAACCCUUCUUCAGCUGCCAAAAAGAGGUCAUUCUCAUUUACAUGGAGCUCGUGGUGGGACUGGAGCUGGAACGGGCAGAAGGCCGGGGGAAGUAGCGAUUUUGCGCUGUCUCCUGGUUCUUCUUCGUCCCACUCUUCUUCCUCCCGUUCUUCUCUUCACUCUUCUUCUUCCCACGCAUACUCGUCAUCUUCUUCUCCAUCCCCCACAUCAACAUCCCCCUCUUCCUCCGCCACAUCAACCGCCACCUCUAAAUGGUCCCAAUACACUUCCGAAUCCGACGUCUUUGCGCUGGGCGGGGAUGAACAACUAUCAGGCGCUUGUCCGGCUGGGUUCUGGGGGGACAGUGUGCCGUUUGAUUGGCAGUUGUAUGAUUAG